AUGACCUUCGGAAAAUUCCGUCGUACCCAGGAACAGCCGCCACUAAUUUUCUCUGAUCUCAACUGGGUUUCACCUGAUUUCACCGGAGAACACCCCGCGGUCCCGGCGGCGAUGGCGGAUAAAGUGAAGCAGAUCCUGGCAAGGCCGAUUCAACUUGCCGACCAAGUCGUUAAAGCAGCGGACGAGGCGAGUUCGUCCAAGAGCGAGUGCUUGGAACUGAAGAUGAAAACUGAGAAGCUUGCCGGCCUCCUCCGGCAAGCAGCGAGGGCCAGUAACGACCUUUACGAGCGGCCUACGAAGCGAAUAAUCGAGGAAACAGAGAAAGUUCUGGAGAGAGCUCUCGUUCUGAGCACAUGGCGUCGUGAAGCGAGUUUUCACUCUCAACCCCACGGCGGCCUUCCGCAAGAUGGGGACACAGGUGGAGAACUCCGUCGGCGACGUGUCGUGGUUGCUUCGAGUCUCGGUGCCGGCCGACGACCGCGGCGGCGACGGCGGGUUCUCUGGAUGAUCGAUCUGACGCUGCUGCUUCUCUGGUUUUCUCUCGCCCGAGACAAUGAUCGGUACGGAAAGCUCAUAAUCGAGGAAGGCGGAGUGGCUCCUCUGCUGAAAUUAGUCAAGGAAGGAAAAUUAGAAGGCCAAGAGAACGCCGCGAGGGCAAUUGGUUUUCUGUGUCGCGACCCAGAGAGCGUAGAAUGCAUGCUUGACGCCGGCGUCUGCCAGGUGUUUGCAAAAAUGCUAAAAGAAGGUCCCAUGAAGGUUCAGGCCGUGGUAGCCUGGGCCGUGUCAGAGCUUGUUUCCCAUUACCCAAAAUGCCAAGAUCUCUUUGCACAGCACAACGUGAUCCGCCUGCUUGUGGGCCAUCUUGCCUUUGGGACGGUUCAAGAACACAGCAAAUAUGCCAUUCCUAGUAAAUCCCUCCACGCGGUUGUGGUGGCAAGCAACAAUUCCAAUGCCUGUACAUCGAAUGAGAACGAGGACGACGAUUCCCAGAAUUUGCCCCCAAUCCCCCGUCCCUUCUCACGGAAUAAUGAGCAAGGUAGCCAGAUGCAUAGCGUGGUGACCAGCACAAUGGCGAUGAACGCGCAGUCCAAAUUGAAGCAGAGCAAUGGGGGGAACCAAACUACCGAAUUGGCCCAUCAUGCCAAGACGAAUAGCGUAAGUAACAGCUCAUACCAUCUUUACUCGUCCCACGGGACUGGGAUCAAGGGGAGGGAGCUCGAAGACCCUGAGACCAAGGCCUGCAUGAAGGCAAUGGCUGCCAGGGCCUUUGGCACCUCGCCAAGGGAAACUCGCCCAUUUGCCGGAGCAUCACUGAUUCUACUAGAAAAGGGACCCGAGCAAGUUCGAUACAAUUCAGCCAUGGCAUUAAUGGAAAUCACUGCUGUGGCAGAGGAGGACACGGAUUUAAGAAGAUCAGCGUUCAAGCCCAAUUCCCCGGCCUGCAAGGCUGUCGUGGACCAAUUACACAUAAUCAUCGACAAGGCUGAUUCAGAACUUCUGAUUCCGUGCAUUAGAUCGGUCGGAAACCUCGCUCGGACUUUCCGGGCCACAGAGACAAGGAUGAUAAGCCCUCUGGUGAGGCUUUUAGACGACAGGGAAGCAGAGGUCUCGGUGGAGGCUUGCGUUGCGCUCGGAAAGUUUGCUUGCAUCGAGAACUAUCUUCGUCUUGAUCACUCCAAGGCUAUAAUCAGUGCUGGGGGAGCUAAGCAUCUGAUUCAGCUUGCUUACUUUGGUGAGCAGAUUGUGCAGAAGCCUGCUUUGAUUCUUCUGUGUUACAUUGCCAAGAAUGUGCCAGACAGUGAAGAGCUAGCUGAAGCCAAGGUUUUGACAGUUCUGGAGUGGGCUUCAAAGCAGGCUCAUUUCAUGCAAGAUGACAAAGUUGAGCCUUUGCUUCAAGAUGCCAGGAGUAAGUUGGAGCUCUAUCAAUCCGGAAUUUCAAGGGGAUUUCAUUAG